GAGCAAUGCCAGUCGACGAGAGUGUCCUCGAGGCGUACCUCGACACACUGGCAGAGGACUAUUAUGACCUCCAAGCGCCAGUGCCGGACCAGCUUCCAUCGUCGCCCUCGGCGCUCGCUGCCUUGCGCAUGGUCAACAAGGCGCACCCGACAGUGAUAUACGGCUUUAGCCCGAUCACCCCUGGCGUCGAGCGCGACUGGGACGCGCCGGCGACGUACAGCGGUAUCCAAGGCGACAAGGAGGUGACCAUCGCUGUGACGGACGACGGGUUGGCCGACUCGGUGCGCGUGCUCGCCGACGGCAGCACGACGUUCGUCAAGCCGCUCGAUGAGCGCAUGACCAUGGCCGCGUUCCUCGCGCGCCUCGGCAACUCGCAGGAAAAGGAAGCCCUCUACCUCCAAAGCCAAGACGGCAACAUCUACCGCGCGGAGGCGGAGCGCGAGCCCGAGCUCGCGCCGUUCCAGGCCGUCGUGCAGCGCGAUAUCCCCUGGAUGGCCGAGGCGACCGGCCACUCUGCCGAGGCGGUCAACCUCUGGGUCGGGACGAGCGCGUCGACGACGAGCUUCCACCACGACCCGUACGAGAACAUAUACACCGUGCUCAGCGGCAGCAAGACGUUUACGCUCGUGUCGCCGAUCGACGGGCUGCGGCUGGACCAGCGCUUCCACCCGCCGUCGACGCUCGUCCGCGGCGAAGGAGGCAAGCUCGAACCCCGGCCUGACAGCGAGCCAGCACACCCCGUGCCAUGGGUACAGGACCUGCAGCUCCCCGACAGCGUGCGCCCGCUCACCAUCACGCUGGAGAAGGGCGAGAGCCUGUACCUCCCCGCGGGGUGGUGGCACAAGGUCGAGCAGAACGAGGGGCCGAGCGGGCUGGCCGUGGCGGUCAACUACUGGUACCCCGCCGAACUGCGCGCCGAGCGCUACGCCCUCGAGCGGUUCGCGCAGCGCGUCGCGCGCACUGCCGGCCGAGACGGCGUCAUCCCCUUGCCUGAGGACACGCUCGACGACGGCAUCUGGGGCGACGACUCGGACGUCACGUCGGCGGAUGAGUGGGACCCCAAGGACUGGGGCCGGUAGUUGCGGCGAUGGGGAGCAGACACAACAGUACGACGACCACACGACAGCAUCAGUAGAUCACAGCCAGAACCACCCCCAUAUG